AUGAUUGUAUCAAAAAUGCUGCAUAUGCCGCUGAAAUUAAAGUGGGGCAAAAAAAGUGGCCGAUAUGACUUAAGUCAAGAUAUCUACGUGUUGACCGUAUUUCUGGGUGAUUAUGCCAUACUUCAGUGUACAUUAACUACUGAGAGUACUGCAAGUCAAUGCAUGGAAUAUCUUAGUCAAAAAGUGGAUCUCAAUCAAGUAGAAAUGUUUGGUUUACGAUAUCAGAUGAAAACGAAUGAUCCAGAUCACCGGAUGAUGAGAUGGGUUGAACUUGAUAAACCUCUUAGACGACAACUGGAAAAAUGGGCUUGUAAACCUCGGCAAGUUCAACUAGCAGUACUCUACCAUACUCCAAAUGCAUUCACACUGACUGAUCAGAUGGCUAGAUCAUAUUAUUUUUUCCUUAUGAAAUUAGACGUUGUAGAAGGCAAAUUGACCGUUGCUCUUGAAAAAUAUAUUAAUCUUGCAGCAUACAGUCUUCAAGUGGAAUAUGGUGAUUUCGAUCCAACAAUACAUACAAUUGAUUUCAUGCAAACUAUACCACUUUUACCAAAGCACAUUUGUCGAAACGCUCAAAUUCAGGAAGACUUACUGAAAAGAGUUUCAGCAGUUCAUGAACGUUUGAAAGGUAUGCAACCGAGUUAUGCUGCAUUACUGUAUAUUGUAGAUGCACAACAGUGUGAAGGUUACGGAGAAGAAUAUUUUAUUGGCAAAGAUGAAGACAGUACUGAAGUAAAGAUCGGUUAUUCUCAGGAGGGUGUUAUUAUCAAAGAAUUCUACGGUGCACCUGUAAAACACAAAUGGGAAGAUAUUAAGGAUAUUCAAGCAGUGAAGCGCCAUCUCAACAUUCGCCUGCAUGAUGGUACUUUAGUCCAAUUCACUAUGGAAGAUAUAGAAAUGGCACGCUAUGUAGCAAUGGUCAUCACGUGGCAAUUCCGUUACGCAACUAAUAAAGCAAUUGUUGAAAAAAAUUAUCCAAUGAAUAUUAAUAAUUUGCAAGGGAGUAUUAGAACGUUCAAUCAAAUGCGGUCAUCUAAUGCUGAGCUCAAUUCAAGUCGUUUAAAUGGGUCAGAUUACGCAUCAUUAAUUUAUAUGAUGAUGCCAGAACCAACUUAUUGCUCAUCUACACAACGUUUAUCACCAACUAAACCAUUAAGUCAAAGGUCACUACUACAAGCUACAUCAAUGUGUAAUUUGUCAACUUACAACAACUCCAGUGAUAAUCAGCUUAUAAAACGCUCACCGUUAACAUCGUUGCUGCAAUAUUCUCAGCCUCACAAUGGUAUCUUUUUAUGUAGCUUUAUUGUAGUUACUUCUACUACAGUACCACGAGAACUGUUAUAUACAAAAUCAGAAAUGAUAUCUCGAAAUGCUUUAUCAAAAUCGGCAGCUGCUCUGAAUUUUUCAAAUGAUGAAGAAUACGAUAUUUCACAUCCAAGCGUUCUUUACCGUUCAACAUCAUCCCUAGUACAAAAUAAUGAACAAAAUACUGCAUCUAGUCCAGAAGUAGAAGAAGAUGAAGUUGCUGAAGUUCAAAAAUAUGCUAAUCCCGAAUGCAAAUUCGAAUUCCGAAGUUUUGCUUUUCUGCGCAAACGUCAUUUGGCUCAAUCUAUGACUGGUUCGUCACCUGAGAUUCGUAUGAUCGGUCGUGGAAUGCAUCGAAGUGCUGCUGCCUUAGUUCAUAAACAUUCCUUGAACGAGGAUGGACCACAAAAAAUUUCUCCUGCUCAUGCGCUAAGCAGUCCUGAUCUGAUAAGUACAUGUCGUUCAUCGCCUGACCUUAUUACUUCUGUACUUGAAAGGUACAAAUUAGCAGUAGCUGAAGCAGAACUUCGAGCUAGCGCAGCUUCUACUGUAGCUCCGUUACAGAAAUCGCAUCCACAAUCGCAAACUAAUGCAAUUCAGACUACUAACCAUUGGCGUACCGUAAACAAUGAUGCAAAUCACAGUGUACCAGCAGUAUCAUCACCAGGAAUUAAUGUACCUCAGGCUAAUUUAAAUGAUAAUUCUCUUCAAAUAGAUGAUACUAAAUCAAAACCAGCAAUACAAAGAUUUUUGAUGAUGGGAUUAACAGAAGGAAAAUCAGAUGGUGCAUUAUUAUCAUCAGUAACAAAAGAAUGUGGAUCAUCAUCAAAAGCAUAUAUGAAAUCAGUACCAUUUCUUGCUUCACUGCAACAACCAUUCUUAUGUCAUCAACCAGUGAUGUCAAAAGUUAAAGGUCAUCAUCAAAGUCAAGCUCAUCAUGUUUCAUAUUUAGCUCAAGCAGGGCACAUUUACUAUCCACCAUCAUCACCUUUAACCCAAAAUUAUGAAACAUAUCGAAAGGAAUCAAAUGAACGAGGAAAUACUUUUGGUAAUUCAAAUGAAUCUAAUACAAUGUUUUCUUCUAAUAAUCCAAAAUUACCCCUUCUUCAUUCAACCGCACAGCAACGUUAUGAAGUAAUUGAAGAAGAUCGAACUCCUGAAACCUUUACAAAAAGAGUUCAUGACCUCUAUCCUCCUUCUUCAAGUACAACACAAUCAUAUGCAGUUAUGAAUCCUCAUUUGACUGUAACGACAUCAAGAAGUAUUUCUUCCCCUGAUGUUUUUUCUACACAUACCAAAAAUGUAGUCUCGAAGCAGUCGAGCGCAUCAUCAAACGGUGAUUGUGAUUCAAAGCAAUCUUUAUCAGUACUACGAUCAAUCCCCAUUCUCGAGAAAUUUUCUCACGAUAAUGAUUACUCAACCUCAUUCAUGAUUAAUAGCAAUGAAUCUGAAUCACCUCGGGGAAGGAACGUCUGUAAUAAAGCAACGAAUACUUGUGAAGCAGUAAGCUAA